CAACUUUUUGUCUAAAAGUAACCCCCCUGGGUCAAAAUAACGUGUCACUGGGUCAAAAAUCGUCAGACCUUGUCCUGCUUUUCCCUGCCGUACGAUAUUUAUUAAACACAACGUCCCAAGCUGAGACCUGGAUUUUAUCACUCCAAACGGGAGACUACUUUAAGGUGUGCAGAUCACUAGACUAAAUCUGCAGUCUUUGAUUACUGCAUCACCUCGCCCCACUUUUUGGACUGCACUGGCUGAUUGCAACAAAAGGUUACAGUCAAGCUUUAUCACCCCAGGGAUACGCCGCUGACCUUUCGGACAUGGAGAUUGGAUCCCAGAUGGCCGAGGAGGAGGAGCUGGUCCACCCUUCUCACGCAGACCAUGCAGCGCCAAGCUCUAUAAAAAACUUAUCAAGUAAAGACACUACUCUCUCUGAUCCAGAUACUCCUGAGACUAAACCAAAGACAUUUACAAACGGAAUGAAUGACUGGAGGCCCUUCGUCUAUGGUGGUCUGGCCUCCAUAGCAGCAGAAUGUGGAACUUUUCCGAUUGAUACAACCAAGACCAGGUUGCAGAUUCAAGGUCAGGUGAUGGAUGCUCAACUGCGUGACUUAAAGUAUCGAGGAAUGUUUCAUGCCUUUGUCCGGAUAGUUAGAGAGGAGGGCCCCCUGGCUUUGUAUUCAGGAUUGGCACCAGCUUUACUGAGACAGGCAACUUAUGGAACUAUCAAGAUUGGGGUGUACCAUUCACUUAAAAGAACACUUGUAACCGAUCCAGCAGAGGAAACUUUAGCCAUCAAUGUAUUGUGUGGUGUUGUUGCUGGUAUGACCUCAAGCUCCAUAGCCAAUCCAACUGAUGUUUUGAAGGUGAGAAUGCAGGCUCGUGGCAACAAGUCGUCUGGGUACGACAACAUUGUGUGUUCGUUUAUCAAGAUUUACAAACAAGAAGGGCUUGCAGGAUUGUGGAGAGGUGUCGGCCCCACAGCCCAGAGAGCUGCCAUUGUUGCUGGCGUUGAACUACCAGUUUAUGAUGCUGUCAAGAAACAUAUCAUUUCUACUGGCUAUCUUGGAGACUCUAAAGGAACACAUUUUCUGGCAAGUUUUUUGGCAGGUUUUGCUGGUGCCUUGGCUUCCAACCCGAUUGAUGUUUGUAAGACUCGAAUGAUGAAUCAGAGUGUCAACAUUGUGACGGCAGUCCCAGCUGGGGGAGUGUCAAUAUCUCCUGCCAAGACUGCUAUCUACACCUCCACCUUGGAUUGUAUAGUCAGAACUGUGAAAACGGAAGGAGUUACUGCCCUGUACAAAGGCUUCAUUCCCAACUGGUUGAGACUUGGUCCUUGGAAUAUUAUUUUCUUUAUGACUUAUGAACAAUUGAAGCAUCUAUACUGAUUGUUCACAAUCUUUGUGUGAAUAGAAUCUUUGGAGAUCUUAUUGUAGUCAGACAAUCUUCUUGUGAAUAGAAUCAUUGGAGAUCUCACUUCACUCAGACCCUGAAUUGUGUCAAUGACUUAACUAAACAAGAGGUUUUGAAGAAUCUCAUCAUAUCAGACGUUCAGUGUUUAGAGGAGCUGAUGGGUUUAAUAAUCUCAACCGAUGUAAAUAUUCAUGUAAAUAUUUCUAUGUAAAGAAAUAUAUUUGGGAAACAACUUUGCAAUGAGCCAAGUUCAACACAGUGGGAAGAAAUUUAUUAGAUGUAAAUACAGAAUAUAGUUGUUUUUUUUUUGUUUUUUUUUUCAUUUUUUUAAAUUGUUGAUCAUUCAACUGUAUGCAUGGCUUGUGUGUAUAUUUCUGGACUCUUUCUCGUGUCUUUCAUAUCAUCUGGCUAAGAGUCCAGAAGUUGUAAAGUAAAAAAAGAAAAAUUAUUAUUUUUUUCGUUUUAUUUAAGACAAAGAGAUUUAGUUAAUAUUUUUUAGAAUUGUUCAUUUUAUUAAUCUACGACAUUGCACUCAUCCUGAAUUUUCAGAAAUUUUAUUUUUUUACUUGACAGAAAGGCCCACAAAGCUUUUUGUUUUUGUGGAUGUUACCAAAAAAUAUUUCACUAGACUGCAUAGUCCAUGUAAAGAAAACAACAACAACAAAAGAACAUGUAAAAGAAGAUGGAUGUAUUUUGUUGUUACUUUAUUACAAAUUUUGUUUAAAGUGCAAUGUCCAUCCUAUUGUAGUCACCCAAACUUUUGAUGUUUUGUAUUCUUUCAAAAAGGCUCUAUUUGCAGGUGUAUUCCUUCAAAAAGGCUCUAUUUGCAGGUGUAUUCCUUCAAAAAGGCUCUAUUUGCAGGUGUAUUCCUUCAAAAAGGCUCUAUUUGCAGGUGUACUCCUUCAAAAAUGCUCUAUUUGCAGGUGUAUUCCUUCAAAAAAGCUCUAUUUGCAGGUGUAUUCCUUCAAAAAGGCUCUAUUUGCAGGUGUACUCCUUCAAAAAUGCUCUAUUUGCAGGUGUAUUCCUUCAAAAAUGCUCUAUUUGCAGGUGUAUUCCUUCAAAAAGGCUCUAUUUGCUGGUGUAUUCCUUCAAAAAGGCUCUAUUUGCAGGUGUAUUCCUUCAAAAAGGCUCUAUUUGCAGGUGUAUUCCUUCAAAAAUGCUCUAUUUGCAGGUGUAUUCCUUCAAAAAGGCUCUAUUUGCUGGUGUAUUCCUUCAAAAAGGCUCUAUUUGCAGGUGUAUUCCUUCAAAAAGGCUCUAUUUGCAGGUGUAUUCCUUCAAAAAGGCUCUAUUUGCAGGUGUAUUCCUUCAAAAAGGCUCUAUUUGCAGGUGUAUUCCUUCAAAAAGGCUCUAUUUCCAGGUGUAUUCCUGCAAAAAGGCUCUAUUUGCAGGUGUAUUCCUUCAAAAAGGCUCUAUUUGCAGAUGAAGAAAUAUUUGUUUUUUUAGCACUUAUAUUGAAGUGUUUGUUUUAGUCUACGACAAUGCACUCAUCCUGAAUUUUCAGACAUUGAAAUCAUUGUCGUUAUGAUGAUGAAUAGUGUACGAAAGUAGGAAGACAAUUUCUAAUUCACCGAAUCCAUGGUUGAACAAACAAACAUGUGCCCUAAUAAUACCAGUAAAAAAAAAUUAUCUUCUAAAAUCUGCCAAUCAUCUCUUCGUGCAUCUCAAUUGAACAUGUUAGCUUGAAAAUGUGUUAGGCUGAAAACAAACAAUAAUUUCAAAGACGUUUAAGAUUAUUUGCUGUGUGUGUAGGCUGAAUGAUGAAUGAAUGAGUUGAGCUCUAUUUCCCAAGACCUGUACCCAGACAUAAACACUUGGAAAGUGGACGUCGUCCAGUAUUUAAGUUUUCCAUCCAUUGUUAAAAGAGAUACUAAACACCUUUGUUCAUAUACUGUAACAGUCUAUUAAAAUCUUCUAUGAAGGUUGCUUCUGUUUUACAUGUAAAUAAACUCGUGGCUGAGGUGUGUAAAUAGACUUGAGGCUCUCUUGAGGUGUCAGAGUUUCAAUCUUUAUUUUGGUUGUACAUUUCAUUUCCAUAAUUUAUUUGGUUCCUUUUGAGAUUUUCUGUCCAGUGUCACUGAUGCACUCGUUCGACAUCUGAGGACAUGGGAGGUUUUCAUUAAAGGGAGGCUAAUCCAUAAAUUGCAAGUUUUGUUUUGGUUAUGCAGUGCAAAUAACAUGGAAGUAUAGGCAAUGAUAUCUCUGCAAUGGAGAACAAACAUUUGAUUGAGCAUUUCAGAAUGUAAACAGAUUUAACCAUUUACUAUGGCAGUCUUGAACCAUAUUAUAAAGCUAUAACGGUUGAUAUGUUUUGUAUUGAAGCACUAUUACCUGGGAGAAUGUGUAGAAAAUGUUUAUCUAAAACAUAUUAACAAUUUUAGUCAAUUUAUUUGACCAGGGUCUUUGAAAUAUUUUUCAAUUGGAUUAUUCCCCCUGUAUGAAUACUUUUUUUUACCAUACGCUAUUUUUUGACUAAAGCACAAAAUGAGUUUAUUUAUGUCAUUGCUUUAUGAACAUUUUCUUCUAAGGAAUCAAGUUUCUAGCCUCAUUGUUUAGUUUAGUUUAACAUUCAUUCAUUUAUUUUAUUUCAAAUGGCAGUUGGUGGCAUGGCAACUGAUACAAUUUUUAGAAUAGUCCUUACUCAGCAGACAUUCAUAUCAAAUUUAUUAUAGAGGACAUCUUUUUUUAAAUAUUUUAUACGAAGCUUACAUUAACUCCCUUUAGCUGUCUGGUACACAUUUUGUACACCUUAUUUCUCCCCCUUCCCAAUCUUAGAUCCAAGUGAAAACUUUGCAAAAUUAUUCAUUGUCAGUAACAAAUCCAAAAACCAAUCUAAAAAAAUUAACCAAUUAGUUAAUUAUUUUUGUUUUACAUAGAAAAGGGAGAGAAAUUUUGCAGUAUCAAGAACUAUGGGAGUUAUUGUAUAGAGUUUGUUUUUAAAAAGUAGUAUUUAUAUUUUGCUUAUUUCCCCAUCUACUCAGUAGUUGCAGAUAGAAGCACUGCUGCAUGAUAUUCAGAUGUCAGUCACAGGCUGGCUAACCUGUUCCUACCGAGAUACUUUGAUUGCCUUCUGGGUCACAAAGGGAGAGAAUUUUUGUAAUUCUUUUCGGAAUGUAGUUAUGAUUGUAGACAUUUAAUGUGUAUUUAGAGGUCGACUGAAUCUAAUGACAACUUAAAUGUCUAUGGCAUGUCAUCAGUUAAAAUUAAAAAUUAAAUUACAGCUUUUAUGUAGCGCUACUUUCCUGCUUAUAGCUUGCUCAGAGCCUAUGGUCCAAUCUCAUUUGUGGGCCACUGGAAGAGGGUAUUCUGUGCUGCCAUUUAGGUGUUAGUGCAGGCUUGGAUAAUGUGAUGUUGUGUGAUGAUCUCUCAGUUUAUUAUUUCUUAGUGUUUGACUUUUGGCCGUGUGAGCAAGCCAAUGCCUGCCCCACCACCUUUCAACGAGAUAUUUAAACAGAACUUGUGUGUCCAGCACUUUGUAUUGGUUUUGUUACACUGGCUCAGCAUGAGCUCUGGAUAGACUCAGGAGCUGCUGGCACUGCCCAGACCUGACUAGAAUUGUGUUUGUCUGGGCUGUUUUAUUGAUGGCAUAAUGUUAACAUUUGUAAACUUGAUUUCAGAGACAUUCUGUAGAGAUAUGACAAGUUGUACCUGAUCAAUCUCUAGCAACUCUCUGAAACAUUUUGUUUUGUGUCUUGUAUUUUUUGUUCCAACUUUUUAUUUGUCCUUAUUUAUAUAAAUAUGUACCAACUCAAUAGUUUAUUUCUCUCUUUCAUCAACUGGUUUCAUCUAUUUAUUAAGUCUCAAACAUUGGUUCAUUUGUUUACUCGUGUUAAGACAAGGUUGAUGUUGUUUACACUGAUUGGGGAGGGGCCCUAGUGGCCUGAAGGGGGUGGUUGCCUUGUCCAGUCAAUCUAGUUUUUUUUUUAUUUAGUCCCCUCAGAUUCAUUGAUUCAACACAGAAAAACCUAACAUUCUGUAACCCCUUGCUCCUUACUUACAAAUCUUUGGGUAUCUUUCACCUUUUUAAGUUUUUCUAGGUUUUGUCUUGCUUAACGUUUUAGUUGUAAAUGUAUCAUUUUUUUCCCCCUCUGUGUUCAACUUGAUACAGCCAGUGGACAGAGAGUGUUGUCCCUUGUUUAUAAAGAAAGUGAAGGCUAAGUGUAUACAAUCAUCAAUGACAUGCAAUAAAAUACAUUAAAUGAAAUAAAUUAUAUUUAUGCAAUUUUUAAAAAUUAAAAUGAUAUCAAAUGGUUGAAACUAUUAAAAGGUCAUUUGAAAGAGCAA